AUGGCUCGAAAUAGUCAACUACCACAGCUUCGGUAUCAGAGUAUGGCACGUGAUAGUCCAGUACUUCGAUCACAAAUUAGAGAUCAGAGUGUGAUCCAAGACAGUCCAGAUACCCGAUCAUGGACUCAAGGUCAGAUUCAGCUACGAGGUUGUCAAGUUGCAACCGAGUCGGCCCCAGCUGCGACUGAAUCAUCAAAGAAUUCCCAAGCCAUGCGUAAGGUUAGAAAUAGUCAAAGAGGUCAAAGUCAGAGUGAGAUUGAGAACAAUCCAGAAACUCGACCACAGUACAGAGAUCAGGUCACUCAAGCCCAGGGUGCAAGUAGACAGAGUGUGCUACGAGGAAGUCAAGUAACGAUCGAAUCAUCUCCACCACCCAAUGCAAUCUAUAACAGUUGCCAG